AUAAUCAAAUUGCAAAAGCAAGUAGAGCUAAGUCUGUUCUCUUUCUUCCACCUUUGUGCUUUCAUUUCAGUGUAUCACAAUGUGUGGAAUACUAGCCGUUCUUUUUUGCAACGAUAGCUCUCAGGCCAAAAGGCUCCGCGUUCUCGAGCUUUCCCGCAGAUUGACGCACCGUGGCCCUGACUGGAGCGGUCUUCACCAGCAUGGUGACUGCUACUUGGCUCAUCAAAGGCUGUCCAUUGUUGACCCUUCCUCUGGUCACCAACCUCUCUACAACGAGGACAAGUCCAUCAUUGUUACGUCCAAUGGAGAGAUCUAUAACCAUAAAGAGCUGAGGAAGCGUCUCCCCAACCACAAGUUCCGGACUGGCAGUGACUGUGAAGUUAUUUCACAUUUGUAUGAGGAGUAUGGGGAAGAGUUUGUGGACAUGCUUGACGGGAUUUUCUCUUUUGUGUUGCUGGAUACCCGAGAUAAUAGCUUCAUUGCUGCUCGUGAUGCUAUUGGAGUUACUUCCCUCUAUAUUGGAUGGGGUCAAGAUGGAUCCAUUUGGAUAGCAUCUGAGCUGAAGGCCUUACAAGAUGAAUGCGAUCAUUUUGAGCAUUUUCCACCGGGUCACUUGUACUCGAGCAAACAAGGUGGAAUGAGACGUUGGUACAACCCACAAUGGUAUUCUAAGACCAUUCCAUCAAACCCAUACGAUCCAAUUGCUUUGAGAAAGAGUUUUGAGAAUGCUGUUAUCAAAAGAUUGAUGACUGAUGUGCCUUUCGGUGUUCUACUCUCCGGUGGCUUGGAUUCGUCGUUAGUCGCCACCAUCACUGCUAGACACUUAGCCAGCACCAGUGCUGACAAAAAAUUGGGAUCAGAGCUCCAUACCUUCUGUGUUGGUCUAGAGGGUGCACCAGAUUUCAAGUAUGCAAGAGAAGUUGCAGAAUAUUUGGGUACAAUUCACCAUGAGUUCCACUUCACUCUUCAGGAUGGAAUAGAUGCAAUUGAAGAUGUGAUUUACCACACCGAAUCUUAUGACGUUACCACAGUGAGGGGCAGUACCCCAAUGUUUCUAAUGACUCGUAAGAUCAAGUCCUUGGGUGUCAAGAUGGUGCUCUCCGGGGAGGGCUCCGACGAAAUCUUUGGCGGAUACUUGUACUUCCACCAGGCACCAAACAAGAAAGAGCUCCACCGUGAGACCUGUAGAAAGAUUAAGAGAUUACAUCUGUACGAUUGUUUGAGGGCAAACAAGGCAACCGCAGCCUGGGGUUUGGAGCUUCGUGUACCAUUCUUAGACAAAGAAUUUAUUAACCUUGCUAUGGCUAUUGAUCCCGAGGAGAAGCUGAUAAAACCGGACCAAAAAAGAAUCGAAAAAUGGAUUCUUAGAAAGGCCUUUGAUGAUGAGGAGAAUCCCUAUCUGCCAAAGAGCAUUCUAUACAGACAGAAAGAGCAGAUGAGCGAUGGAGUUGGGUAUAGCUGGAAUGACACCCUCAAAGCUCAUGGUGCUAAACAGGUCACUGACCAAAUGAUGGCCAAUGCUGCAAAAGUAUUCCCAGAAAACACUCCCAUCACAAAAGAAGGCUACUACUACCGAACCAUUUUCGAGAAGUUAUUCCCAAAGAGUGCGGCCAGGAUGAGUGUGCCAUGGGAAAUCACUGUGUGUUGUUGUACACCAAAAGCUUUGGCGUGGAACCCUGAGUGGAAGAACAAUCUUGACCCAUCGGGCAGGUCUGUGGGUGCGCAUCAAUCUACUAACAAUGUUUCGACUACUACUGAUAAUAGUGAUGGGGUUGAUCAACCUGGAGAGAUCGUCUUUAAUAACGUACCAAAGACUAAAGUCACCAACAGCAACGGCAACGGCAACGGCAACGGCAACGGUAUUGGUAUUGGUUACACUAAUGGCAAUGGAAUUGGUCAAGUUAAACUCCAAGUCUAGUGGGUUUGUAUGAAUAGAAAACAAUAAGCUUGGAACAAGGAUGAUAAUAAUAAUUAAUUAAUUAAGUUUUUUUUGUUGUUGAGAAAACUAUGAUAUUGUAUGCGCCAAUAUCUUAUUAUUUUUCUAUUUCGGCGUGAAAUUGUGACUAGUGACGUACGUAUGCUCCAUUGUUUUGAAAAAAACAACAAAAAAAGAAAAAAAAAAAAAAGAGGAUAAGAAGAAUAAUAAUAUUUGGUGUGCCUAUUUGAGGCUAGAAUAAUUGGUGUAUCUUUAUUGUUGUGUAAGAUGUAAUGUUUGCCUAGGGAUUGAAUAAAGGAAAUAUUAAAGUUAUUUUUAUUUA